GGGAACAAGGUAACUCUAAGGAAGAGGAGAAAGCUUAUUCUGACUUACUGUUCGACAGUGGGGCACUUAAUCUGCAUGCAAAAGUGAAUUUUGUUGUAUUUGUAGAAGAAACGCCGCAGAAGACGACGAGGGAAUACGAGGUGAAAACGGCGAAAAGCGAACGCGGAGGAGCAGGUACGUGAAGGGGCCGCAGGUACUUAAGAGCAGACAAUUCCCAGAGGAUUUGAAUAAGCCAGGAGGGGGUGGGAAAAUGACCUAAUUAGCGAGCGACCUACCUGUGCGCUGCACAACCUUGUGUAAAUGUGUUGGUGGCACUUUGGCCAGUUGCAAGACAGAUGUCACUGCACUCGGAAGUAAAGCUCCCCUUUUUCAUCCUGGACAUCUGCAGCGUUAUUCCAUGGAUUCCUACAGCUUCCACUUUGAGAGAAUGAGCAACGUGGACCUGCAUCCUCUGAGCAUGCCCGUCAGCCGGCUCUCCCCAGCCAAGUCCAACAGCAGCAUUGUGGAACAACUUGCUCACCACCAGCACGGCAAAGGAGACUCCGCCUACAGCUCCUUCUCUGGGGGCUCCACUGCACCAGACUACCCGCCUUCACUUCACUUCCCAGACGACCUGCAGUCCAGCUCUUUCAGCCACUAUGCUGAACUUAAAUAUUUAAAGUCCAUUUGUCAUCCCAACCAGGUUCUGCAGUCGAACGUAAAAACCAUGGACCAGUUGUACCGAUCUAUGGAGGUCAUCUCACAGAACUAUCGCAAUAGUACCCAUAUCCAGAAUGGCAAUGGCAAUUUCCAUACCAAUGACAAAUCAACACCACGGGUGGCUCCUCGGGCUCCGUCCCUAGCCGAUUACCCUUCCAUUGGUCCUCCUCCAAUCCCAGCACGACAAGAUCGUUUCACAGCUGCUAAAAACUCAGAGAACAACAAUGGUCAACACAGCACUGACCCUCAGCAGUCCAGACCCCAUAAUCAUCAUCAUCCACUCCCUCACAGAGUAAAUGUCCCUCAAAUGGGUACAGCUAAGCCAGAGACUAGUACCUCUGUCAUUAGUCCUGAUCGAAGGCCAGUGCCAGCAGGGGAGAUCCUGCAGCUGCCAAGCUACCGCUCUCACGUUCCCUCUUACGAACAAAACAGAACGUCCAUAAACCCAGCUCAUCUUUGCAUCACCGACAACAAAGCUCUCUCCAAUCAGCAGAAGGCAACAAACUUCCCCAGACAAUUACCUCCCAAAGGCCAGUCGGAGCACUUGAAGCCCAGGCAGCUAUCAAGCGGUCAUGGAUGCAGCAGAGAGGAUCUGCGCAAGGUCGACGGUGUCAGUGGUGAGUUUGAGAGUCCACGAAAAAGGGCGCAUUCUGCUUAUGAUUGGAUUGGUUCGGAGCCAGCUCGUGGUCAUAGCCCUUGGAAUGCAGGUCAGGCAGGCUUUAUCAACAGCAGCAUCCAGCAUAAGGGUCAGUUCUACUUUGUCACAGGCGUAUGUAAACAAUCGGAAGCCAGAAUGAGAACGCACUCUGCGUCUGUGAUUGGGUGCGAAGCUGCCAGUGAAUGCUCCACUGUCUUGGAAAGACCUCAGCCAAAAGAGAGAGAAAGAUGUCACAGCACAAUGGAAAAUUUAUUUAUACCUAUAAACGAGGUCCUGGAUGAAAGGGACACCCAGAGUCUAAUCCCAAGAGGUUCCGAUCAGGAGAAUCACAAAGCCGCCCCGUUUUCAAAACGCUCCUCUCGGAGUUGGGAUUCCUUUGAAGAACUUGACACAGAGAGUCGAGAGAUUGGGCGCCACACUACCAACAAUCCCAUAUUUUACUGCGGGCCUGAGAACAUCUCCCCACAUUCGACUUUACAAACAAAGGAGGUCUCCUCAUUGGCUGGCAACCAAGCAACCGACCAGCCUAACCGGGAGGAGCAGGCAAAGAGGGGGAAAAGACAACCACUGACAGAUGUAGCAAGUGAUCGGAUAAGCAAAGAAACAACACCGCUUCUCUACCAUCUCACUGAAGCUAACAGGACAACGAUGCAGUCCAAAAAGGAUGCUGAAUUUGCCGCGAAAGAUGACGAAGCAUGUGUCAGAGAUGCGUCCAUUACGAACGGGAGACCUCCACAGGCGGACGUGACCGAGAAUGAUUCUCGGGGAGUCAUCUCUGUUGCCUGUAACACCCUGGAUGAGUCCUAUAAAAAGUACUACAAAGAGAGACUUAAGGACGCCCAGUCUAAAGUCCUGAAGGAGACGUCGUUUAAAAGAAGGGAUCUGCAACUGGCAUCAGCGCAUCGCUCCAGGCCGAAACCUGAGCUGAGACCUCCGGUGAUUCACGCUUUCUCCUCAUCGCAAGAUUCGGAGACGUCCACAGACACCCUCACCCCAUCUGUAGCCUCUGAGGAGACCGAAAGAGGGAGCAUAGUGGAAGAGGUCAGACAGAGUCCUGAUCAAACCAACACAGAGAUCGAAAAUAGGAGGUCUGCAAACGUGGCUCAGCCCCAGGUGCCCUCACGAAUCGGCGGCCGCAAACGAUUGACUCCGGAGCAGAAAAAGAUGUGCUACUCUGAACCGGAGAAGCUCCACCAGCUUGGCGCCGGCCCCAGCCACUUGGCCUGUCGUUCCUUUAGCAACGAAAGCGACGGCCUGUUUGCGCUGGACAGUGAGUGCCAGGAUCACGUGCAACCUGGAGAGCAGGGGCUGGUGGCAGCACGGAGGAAGCUCUUUGAGACUCGGGGUCGUGCCCUUUCUGCCUCAAGCGCCUCAAGAACAAACCUGAAGCACCUGCAGCACAACGCCCUGGUGGCAUAUAUGGAGCGUAAGACAGGCCAGAAAGUGGCGGAACCCCAACAGACGGGUCUUCAGCUCCCAAUACCCCCCAGACAGAGGCACUCUCUGGGAGAGAGACCAUUCGACUGGGGUCCCAGGCCAAGUACUGAGGCCAAUCACAUCAAAAAGAAACCCAACAGACCCCAGUCUGCAGGACGCGUUUUGGAUUCCUCCACCAGUUCCAUCAGGCACACCCAGUUCUUCUCAGCACAAGCCAAUUCCGACCAUCCCUCAGUGCAAUCAAACCAAUCCAGAUGGAAGGAAAGACAAUAUCCAUCCCCUGGGAUGUAUGCCUCCAUGGAGAGUCUCUUGGAUCAAGCAGAAGAACCUACAAUUUUCAGGAACAGAUCCAUAUCCACACCACAUGCAUUUCAGGGACAGAACAUUGACGAUGAUCAGGAAUCAGUGAAUUCCAGUGAAACCUCUAGUGUCCACAAGCGUAUGAACGCAACGCCUGAGGCCCAGCAGCAAAAGCGUGUGAUAGCCCACCGAGGGAAAUCCAUGGAAGAACUGGGAGCAUCCAAGAUAACAAAGAUGUCGGCUCUGAGUAAGAGUUCCGAACAGCUGGAUCAAGAGGGCCGAGACGUGAGGAACCUUUCAUUCUUUGCUGAGGUCAGCGAAGCUCAGGGGAACCAAAGUGGGAGGAAGAAGUAUCCAGCGGAAAACCAAACAGAUGUUUCUGACCUGAAGGGACAGACGCAGAGAAAGAACAUCUUGAAACACAACUCUGACCCGGUAGAUGGGGAGGAUAUUGGACUUAAGCCCACAACAGGAAGAAGAUCCUUAAGUAGAUCCCACUCCCCGACUUCUUGCCUGUCCUCUAAGGGCAAAAGGCAAUCUUCUGGAUCUUGCAGUCCUCCCACAGAUAAGUUCCUGUCCAGCAAACCUCCCAUCGAGGCGCCUUCUUACCGGCAUUCCCCGAGAAGCCAAGAAACCAGUGAGAGGGAGGCGAGGUCCAUCGUGUCUUCCGCCACACAGAUAAAUCCACUUUGUGAAAACAGACCGAGCUCUAGGGCUGUUCGCAAUUCUUCCCAACAGUCAGUGGUUGAACCAGACAAGGACAUCCUACCGCUUGCUCACGAAGUGUCCCUGAGCUGCGGCGUGACCACAGAUCCGUCCUCAUGGAUUCUGCCUCAAGAGCAGGACGUUCAGACUCCGGACUCUGUUUUCGACGAGCCUGCCAUUUUGUUCCCUCCUUCCCAGACGAGCAAAAGUGUUUCCGAUCAGCAGAUGGCAGAGGAGAAAGACUCCAAAACGGAAUACAAUGAGUCAAGAGAGAAUUCCGUUGAGGAGAGACCUACAUUAGAGGGAGAAACGGCAAGUUUGGCAAGUCCCUCCAAGAGACCAUCGUGGGAGGAGCUGGUGGAAGCCGUGGUUAAUGCGGACCAAUCGCUGGCCCCCGCGCUCUAUCCGUUAACCAAUCGUAAGACGGCGCUGAUGCUGAUGGAGCAGCUGCUGUCUGAAGACACGUUGCUGAUGGAGGAGCACUACAAAAAGAAACAGGAACAGAAGGGAGCUGCACAAAGUUGUGAGACCGAGCCACCUCUGUCACCCGAUGGCCUUACAGCUGCAUGUGGAGAGAUUUGCAGCACAGAUGACCUCGCUGACAAGAAGAGCAUGCUGGUGUGCUACAUUGAGGAGCGCCUGCGCUCACUGGAGGAGCCGCGGGGCGAACUCCAAGCGGAUAUCCAGGAGAACACGGCCCACGGCGAGGCUCUGGAGGCUCUGGUCCGCGAGCGCUGUUUGCCUCUGGAGCUGGAGAGGUACAACUUGUUCAUCGGGGACCUGGAGAGGGUGGUCAGCCUGCUCCUGUGCCUUUCCGCCCGACUGGCCAGGGUGCAGAACGCUCUGAGCACGGUGGGCCAGGACACGGACGCGGAGGAGAAGCAAUCACUGGAAAGCCGUCACCGUCUCCUGUGCAAGCAGCGGGAGGAUGCAAAAGACCUGAAGGACAACCUGGACCGACGGGAGAGCUUGGUGUCUACCUUCCUGUCCCGCCAGCUGAGCGACGAGCAGGUGCGCGACUACCGGCGCUUCGUGCAGACUAAGGCCUCGCUGCUCAUCCGCCGCAAGGACUUGGAGGAGAAGACCAAGCUCGGCGAGGAGCAGCUGGAGGCCCUCGCCAAAAGUCUCUGAGGGCGGACAUUUUGUUUAGGUAGCAUGCACAUCUGCAAAUCUUGCUGACACUUUUCAUCCUCGCUGUGCCUUGAUUUCAGCAUCGCGUUUACUAGCUUGAGUAUAGUUCCGUUCUAUCUCCACAGGAGGAGCCCACUAGUCUCUCGCACAGCGAGACUGCAAAUAAUGAAGCAGAAAUCAUAACAGAACGAGUCACGUGUAAAUCAAGGCACUCAAAAACCAAAAGAAAAAGGUGAACGGUAACAAAAAAAGCACUUUGUGACAGUCCAGAAAUGCACAUUUCUUCAUUUGUAAAUCAGUCUUACUCCAUCUGGCAACAACGCAUUUCUUUUCCCUUCUUUGUCCGCUAUUACGAAGAAUAUUUUUUAAAUUUCAAGGUACGUUAAGGACUGUGUGCAAAUGCAAUUGUAGCAAAAAAAAGUGAUGAAUUGAAGUGGAACCCCUGAAUUUGAACAAGCUGUUCUAGUUUCAAAACAAACUUGGGCAUAGGAAGGCAGGUAAAAGGAAAUUGAAGCCAUCCUAUUUUAAUUAACUGCACAGGCAAUGUCUUUAGCAGCAGUAACAAGUAGAAACAACAAAUACUGCGUCAUAAAUCUAAAGUACAGAAAAAUACUCAAGAUGCUCCACUCUCAUAAAUGUUCAACUUCUGAGGUUCCACUGUAAGAAAUAAGAUUUCAUCCUCAGCGUGCAUUGGUUACUUGAUACUUGAAGUAUAGAUUUUGACAAACCUUUAGUUACUCACAGAAUUCCAUCAUUUUAAAAAAUCAUGUUUUAACUUCCACAGAUGGAUGUGUGAAUGUAGUAUUUGCUGUGGUAGUUUGUGAACAAUAUUCAUGCCGAUGUCAUGAAUGGAUCUGAACUCUUGAUCGUCCCUCAGGAAAUGACCUGAAAAGAAAACGCACAUCCGAUGUGUGCUGUGGACUAUUUUGUAUCAUAUAUUUAUGUUUUAAUUCAAGGUUGUGGUUGAAGCCACAAAAUGGAUUCCGUUUCCCAGUGGCCCUAAGAACUUUACUUCUUUUUCUUCUUCAGUCUUGCUUUGUUGUGACAUGCGGAGGCAGUUCACAAAUUUUGACAUCACAAAUGUUUCACCCCCUGAGUCACACGUGCCUGUUUGGAGUUGUAAAUUCCACUUUUGUUUGUCUUGCCGUCAAUAAAUUAAGAACCUUUCCCUUUAAAUUUCA